UCUCAGCACCUUACCUCAGAUAUGCGUAUCCCUUCUAGGUACCUCCCUAGCCAUGCCAUUCCCAAUCAUAUCUCUACCGGCUUACACCAGCUUCGGCCAUUCGGCUGGAACAACAGAUAUCCAACUUCAGCGUUGACUAACGCCUCUUCAAGAUGAUGAAUACCAUAAUUAUUGCAGUCUUGAUUUGCCCUUCUUCAACGCCCAGAGCUCGCGAAACUGAUUGGGAUGCACGAGACAACACCAACCAACAGGCGGCGUGGCGUUCCCGAGUCUGCCUCAUCACACCGCUCCGAGCCUCGAUUCGGACCAAUAAUGCUAAUCCCAAAGUCGGAGGACAAGAAACCCCACACAACCAACAGAUACGAUACCAAUGGCGCCGAGUCUUUAACUAGUAACUAGUAUCCGUCUAGUAACCGCUUGUCCGGCAUGCCUUCAGACACCAGUAUCUUAGCUUACCAUA